AUGGUGCAAUGCGGUGCAAUACGUAGCAAUGAGGUGCAGCCAGAGAUCAAAAUAGAGAGCGGGAAUGCGUGGGAGGGAGGGAAUGUGAGUGGCGUGGGGAGCGGGAAUGCGUGGGAGGGAGGGAAUGUGAGUGGCGUGGGGAGCGGGAAUGCGUGGGAGGGAGGGAAUGUGAGUGGCGUGGGGAGCGGGAAUGCGUGGGAGGGAGGGAAUGUGAGUGGCGUGGGGAGCGGGAAUGCGUGGGAGGGAGGGAAUGUGAGUGGCGUGGGGAGCGGGAAUGCGUGGGAGGGAGGGAAUGUGAGUGGCGUGGGGAGCGGGAAUGCGUGGGAGGGAGGGAAUGUGAGUGGCGUGGGGAGCGGGAAUGCGUGGGAGGGAGGGAAUGUGAGUGGCGUGGGGAGCGGGAAUGCGUGGGAGGGAGGGAAUGUGAGUGGCGUGGGGAGCGGGAAUGCGUGGGAGGGAGGGAAUGUGAGUGGCGUGGGGAGCGGGAAUGCGUGGGAGGGAGGGAAUGUGAGUGGCGUGGGGAGCGGGAAUGCGUGGGAGGGAGGGAAUGUGAGUGGCGUGGGGAGCGGGAAUGCGUGGGAGGGAGGGAAUGUGAGUGGCGUGGGGAGCGGGAAUGCGUGGGAGGGAGGGAAUGUGAGUGGCGUGGGGAGCGGGAAUGCGUGGGAGGGAGGGAAUGUGAGUGGCGUGGGGAGCGGGAAUGCGUGGGAGGGAGGGAAUGUGAGUGGCGUGGGGAGCGGGAAUGCGUGGGAGGGAGGGAAUGUGAGUGGCGUGGGGAGCGGGAAUGCGUGGGAGGGAGGGAAUGUGAGUGGCGUGGGGAGCGGGAAUGCGUGGGAGGGAGGGAAUGUGAGUGGCGUGGGGAGCGGGAAUGCGUGGGAGGGAGGGAAUGUGAGUGGCGUGGGGAGCGGGAAUGCGUGGGAGGGAGGGAAUGUGAGUGGCGUGGGGAGCGGGAAUGCGUGGGAGGGAGGGAAUGUGAGUGGCGUGGGGAGCGGGAAUGCGUGGGAGGGAGGGAAUGUGAGUGGCGUGGGGAGCGGGAAUGCGUGGGAGGGAGGGAAUGUGAGUGGCGUGGGGAGCGGGAAUGCCUCUCUUUCCCCCGCUCUCUUUCCCCCGCUCUCUUCCCCCCGCUCAAUUUCCCCCACUCACUUUCCCCCACUCUCUUUCCCCCACUCUCUUUCCCCACUCUCUUUCCCCCGCUCUCUUUCCCCCCUCCCACCCAACAACCCCAACCCAUUUGCUCCUCCCUCUGCCACGUCUGAAUGUUCCCCACGACACACCUGGGCAGCGAGUCAGCCGUAA